GAAAGGCGGCAAAGGAUGAAGGCGUUCUGGUGACUGUUAAGACUAAGCAAUGGAUGGGCUGAUCAUGUCGUGCGUGGGACUGACGACGAAACUAAUGGUUGUAUUAUAAGACAUUUUGCCACUUAAGAACACAUAUUUGACAAGGCUUUCGUAGGAGUUGUGGGCACUUCCAGGAGUAGUGUUAUGGCCCUGGUGGUAGUUUGACCUUUCUUCUGUACCGUGAACCUAGGAAACACAUAUUUGACAAGGCUUUCGUAGGAGUUGUGGGAACUUCCAGGAGUAGUUUUAUGGCCCUGGUGGUAGCGUGAACCUGAAGGAACACUCACUGGAACUCGACUGACCCCAUCUUUGGCGUUUAGAAAUAGCUGAUGUAAGAAGCAAAGGUGUCUUAUAAUAGUAAUAAUACCAACCUAAGAGAAUGGCAAACCAGACAUUGUAUAGGUCAGGGCAGGGAGAGGACCAGGCAGGGAGGUGUAGUGUAUGCUCCCACCUUCAUCAUGAAAUUUAAACUUCUCUUAUAUAACUCCUGAACUAUGUGGCCUUAACCCGUCCGCUGCGAUUGGCACGGAUUUGGCCUUCACUGGUAGCCUGGUAACAUAUAGUCCCAGGUCUUUCUCUUCCUCUGUGGUGGAUAGUGGAGUGUUUCCCAUGUGGUAUUGGUGUGCUGGAUAUCCCUUCACUGGUAGCCUGGUUACAUACACUCCCAGGUCUUUCUCUUCCUCUGUGGUGGAUAGUGGAGUGUUUCCCAUGUGGUAUUGGUGUGCUGGAUAUCCCUUCACUGGUAGCCUGGUUACAUACACUCCCAGGUCUUUCUCUUCCUCUGUGGUGGAUAGUGGAGUGUUUCCCAUGCGGUAUUGGUGUGCUGGAUAUCCCUUCACUGGUAGCCUGGUAACAUACACUCCCAGGUCUUUCUCUUCCUCUGUGGUGGAUAGUGGAGUGUUUCCCAUGUGGUAUUGGUGUGCUGGAUAUCCUUUCACUGGUAGCCUGGUAACAUACACUCCCAGGUCUUUCUCUUCCUCUGUGGUGGAUAGUGGAGUGUUUCCCAUGUGGUAUUGGUGUGCUGGAUAUCCCUUCACUGGUAGCCUGGUAACAUACACUCCCAGGUCUUUCUCUUCCUCUGUGGUGGAUAGUGGAGUCUUUCCCAUGUGGUAUUGGUGUGCUGGAUAUCCCUUCACUGGUAGCCUGGUAACAUACACUCCCAGGUCUUUCUCUGCCUCUGUGGUGGAUAGUGGAGUGUUUCCCAUGUGGUAUUGGUGUGCUGGAUAUCCCUUCACUGGUAGCCUGGUAACACACACUCCCAGGUCUUUCUCUUCCUCUGUGGUGGAUAGUGGAGUGUUUCCCAUGUGGUAUUGGUGUGCUGGAUAUCCCUUCACUGGUAGCCUGGUAACAUACACUCCCAGGUCUUUCUCUUCCUCUGUGGUGGAUAGUGGAGUGUUUCCCAUGUGGUAUUGGUGUGCUGGAUAUCCCCUCCCAAGAUGCAUGACUUUACAUUUUUCUUCAUUGAAUUGUAGCAGCCACUUUUUGUUCCAUUUCUGUAGCUUGGUGAGGUCUUCUAGUAUGAAAUUCGCAGUCAUUGGGUCAAUAAGAUAUUCAUACAGGCCAAGAUUCUGAAGGCUCCAUUGAGAGAGAGGUUCAUCUUAAGUAAAUGUGUUCUGUACCAUGUAACUCCACCCAGUCAGCGUGUUAGAACUGUUUAGGAAACUUUCAGGAGCCGUGCUGAGUGGGAUCUUUGUUUUCAUUUGUUUUUCCCUUGAGCUGCUUCCUGUACUGUAAAAAAAAGGGGGCUGGGGUAGGAGGGGGAACAUCAAAUUGCCAUGCCAAAAAUGCCUUCAUAUUAAAAGGAAUUAAUAGUUAUAAGAUGCAAUACAUAAUAAAAGGAAAAGAUAUCUCUACUGCAAUUAGUGUUCGUUUACCAAAUAAUAACAUGAAAGACAUCACACGAGGGCAGGAAAUGUAGCCAUG